UAAGAGGGCGUGGAAGGCAAAUAAACUAAAACGUGGUGGUGGCUCCGUCUCUCAUCCUUUACAAAAACCUAAAUUCUGCGAAGCACCGUUCUCUACAUAUCUAAACGCCACCGUUUUUCUCUUCUCUCCGUCUUCCGAAGCUUCGAGAAUCAUACUGCUGGGAUGUCUGGGGAAGUUUUUGAUGGACAAGAUGCAGGCUAUGUGCCUGAGAACCCUGAGUUUCCACAAAACCAUUCUGAUGAACACGAUGGAGGAAAUGUGAUUGAUGACUCUGGGUUUCCGCAGCUGCAGCCUGAUGAACAUGAUGCUGGAGGGUUUCCGCAGCUGCAGCUGCAGCCUGAUGAACACGAAGGCGGCAAUUUGGCUGAGGAUGCCAAUCAUCCUGAACAUAAUUUUGACGGGAAUGAUGUUGAAGGUUUGCCUGGACCUGAUUUUCCUCCUCAAGAGCAUGCAGAGGAACAACAUGUUGGAGGAGACGUGACUGAGAAUUUUGCCUCUGAGGAAAAGCAGGAACCUGAGGAGGAUUUGAAAGGAGGUGAAGUAAAGAAGUGGCCAGGGUGGCCUGGAGAGAAUGUUUUUAGGAUGUUGGUUCCCGUGCAAAAGGUUGGCAGCAUUAUUGGACGAAAAGGAGAGUUUAUUAGGAAAAUUACUGAAGAGACUAAGGCUCGAAUAAAAAUUCUUGAUGGUCCUCCUGGGACUGCAGAAAGAGCUGUAAUGGUUUCUGCGAAAGAAGAGCCAGAUCGCAGCAUACCGCCUGCUGUUGAUGGUUUGUUAAGGGUUCAUAAACAAGUUGUCAACGUGGACCCUCAUCCUGCCGAUAGUGCAUCAGGUGCAGGACGCCCAGUUGUUACAAGGCUUCUAGUGGCAGAUACUCAAGCAGGAAGCUUGAUUGGGAAGCAGGGGUCCACUAUAAAAUCCUUUCAAGAUGCCACAGGGUGCAAUAUACGCAUUCUUGGUUCAGAACACCUGCCAGUUUUUGCUCUGCGAGAUGAUAGUGUUGUUGAAAUACAAGGGGAAUCUUCUGGGGUUCACAAGGCGGUUGAACUUGUUGCAAUUCAUCUACGUAAAUUCUUGGUUGAUCGCAGCAUAGUUGUAGUAUUUGAAACACAAAUGCAAAGGCCAGAUGUUCGAGUAAACCAGAAUGUGCCACCAGGCCCACCACACCAACCUUGGGGUCCUCCUCAAGGUUUUCAAGCUCCUGGACCUGGUAGUGGUGGUGGACCUGCUUUUCCACCCAAUCCUCAGUAUAUGCCGCCUUCACAUAACUAUGAUAAUUACUACCCACCUGCUGACCUGCCUCCUAUGGACAAGCACCUUCAUCAGGGUCCAGCACCUGCCUAUGUAAGGGAUGCUUCUAUGGGAAUUCAUUCAUCCAGUGCACAGCCACAACAAUCUGUUGUGACUAAGGUCACGCAGCACAUGCAAAUUCCUUUGUCCUAUGCAGAUGCUGUUAUUGGAGCAUCAGGGGCAAACAUCAGCUACAUCCGUCGAGCUAGUGGAGCAAGUAUUACAAUUCAGGAGACCAGGGGUGUGCCAGGAGAGAUGACUGUUGAGAUAAGUGGUACUGCUUCACAAAUACAGGCUGCCCAACAGCUAGUACAGGUAUUUCAUUUUAAAGGGCUUUUGCAUUCGUCUAAUCUACACGUUAGCUAUCUUAUAGUUAUUGUUUGAUGUAGACUAGCUAAUUUAUUUAUUUAUUUUGUGCUUGGAAGUGGCAACAGUUAAUUUUAUGUCUUUAUUGUAUGUAUAUUCUUGUAUGCUUUAAUAGCUUCCUAUAUACUACUUAAUUCUUGUCUCUGCAUAUUAAUUUUAAUUAUAAAUGUAUUAGGGUUAAGUAAAAGUUUUGUUUUUUCAAUAUUCAUUCUUUUACAUACAAAUACUACUUACAAGUAAAUAGUAUAAAUAAAUAUUAGUGUCAAAUAAGGAGAGGGAAUGCAGUUGAUAAUCCAAGUAUUUGUCUAUUUCUUGUAUUUUUGUCAUGAGGUUUGAAUGACAAAUGAUGAAGUUAGGUUUAAAUGAUUAUUAUAAAUAAUGCAGAGGAUAGGAAAGAUUGUUAUUAUCAUUGUCCUGUGAGAUGAUGCUAGUUUUUUCUUUUCCCUAAUGAACAUUGAAUUAGUGAAAGCUUAUCUUGAUUAGAGAAGAAAGGUGCAGAUUAUGAAAUGGAAAGUAAUUACUUUAAAACAUUUUUGGGGCAAGUUAUAUCAUUGUACCAGCUUGUUGAUGCUCAAUGCUAUCUAUAAGAGUCCUAUAAUACAAAUAAAUCCAAUCCUUUACUAGAUAAUAGUAUAACAUUCUAUACCUUCACAUUGAUAGAGCUGCAUAUAGGAGUUCAUUCCAAGUAUCAGGUAGUCCUGGUAGGCACCAAUGGCUGCAAUCAUUACCGGUGUGAUCCACUCCAUAGACAGAAGGAUGUGCAUCUUUUCUUAGUUGUGACAGAAGUGUUAUGUCAAGUAGAUAAACUUGAUUCUUCAUGUUCUUCAACACUUUGUUCACUAUGUUUGCUGCUGGAGGUAGACCUGCUGGAUAUGUUGACCCAGCUAAUGGUUCAAGUUCUCCACUACAACUCUUUCUUGGUUGAUUCCACUCUUGACCUCUAUAAAAUGCAUUUUAAUUAAUGCUAUUAACUAGCAAUAGAAUUUUGAGAAUGUUAAGUUUCACUUUCAGCUAUUUAUAAACUUAGAAAGAUGAGCAUA